CACCCCAGUAUUUUAAAAUAUUUCGUAAUUACCCCUCAGUAACUUUUUCAUUUCCUUUUCAUCCUUCUGCUUGGGAAAAAUCGAACUACAUUUCUCUCUGUUACAUCCCUACAACAGAGCAAGAGAGAACCCUAUUACAAUUCGCAGAACUUUUGAGCUUUUGCUCACGAACAUAUAUGCCGAUCAACAGAAUUUGAUACGAACGGCAGAAUCUUGGUUCUUGGGAGGUUUGUAAUGGGGUUUUCACUCGCUAGUUCGAGUUCAUUGUGGUACUGUUAUCUGAACAAGGAACCUGCUUCGAAGGGCUUAAAGACUGUUUAUGGUGACGGACAUCAAAAGAUCACGGUGAAAUUGAAGAUUCCUGGGCUUUACACCCACCAAUCAAGAAGUUCUUGUUGCUGCAAGCUUGAGGGAAUUGAUUUUGAGGAGAGAACGAGCCCUGGUGAGGUCAAGAAAGAAAUUGAACGGUGCUAUGAACUUAUACGAAGACUUGGCAGAGGAGUUGUCUACUUGGGUUCAGCAAGGUUGGGACCUAACCAUCCACAUUAUGCACAAGCAUUUGAAUUGGGAAAAGAAAUUGCAAACCUCUUAAAUUGUACUUCGUGGUCAGGGGCUGGGCCAGGGCUAAUGGAUGCCGUAACUAAAGGGGCUCUUGAAGCAGGAAAGCCGGUUGGUGGAUUUAAGAUUGGCAAGGAAGCUGGAGAAUGGACAGCAACGAAUUUCCAUCCUUACCUACCACUACAAAACUAUUUGACUUGCAGGUUCUUUUCUGCAAGGAAGCAUGGGUUGGUGGAUGCUGCUGUUAGAGCUACUGGUUCAGAUAAGACGGCUGUUGUUGCUCUGCCUGGUGGAAUUGGCACCCUAGAUGAGGCGUUUGAAAUUUUGACACUGAUUCAACUUGAAAGAAUUGGAUCCCCCCGUCCCGUUCCUUUCCUUCUGAUGAACUAUGAUUCAUUCUACUCAAAGCUGCUAGACUUCAUUGAUGAUUGCGAGAGCUGGGGUACUGUCUCAAAUGGGGAGGUGGCAUCCCUGUGGAAAGUUUGCAACACUAAUGCAGAAGCUUUGACAUUUCUCGAAGAAUUUUAUGCUGGUGAGGUAGCCUGUAAGUUUAGCUGACAAAUAUGGUUUUCAUAUUUGUCAUACUUGGAAUUUGAUACAUUAUGGAGGUAACAGAACUUGAAAAAUGACAACUUUUUUCUGCUGAAUCAAUUACAUUUCUUAGAAAUUUAA